AAGUAAAAAUAAAAAUUGACGGAAGCUUUUUAUUUUUUCAAAAAUUCAUCCUUCGUCGUCUCUGUAGAUUGCCCAUUUGAUGCUCUGAUAACGAUGAAAUGGAAAUGGAAUUUAAAAGUAAGAAAAGGGUGGAAAUACGAGGUUGUAAUGGAAUCUGUGCCCCCAAUAAAUUAAAUUUAUCUGUGAUAAGUGGCAUAAGAUGAAUUCAUGAAUUGUCAUACGUCUCACUUAUUUAACAGAGACCUCUUUUGUAUAAUGGUGUUUGGAGGCAUCUAAGCUUGGCUAUGAAGGGGCUUAAAGAGAAAUCUACAGUAAUGAAAACAGAGGGUAAGAGAAAAUCCAGUUCUGAUGAAGUGCCCUGUAAUUCGAGUGGCGCUCAUUCUAGACGCAGGUUAAAGAGAGAUUGCAGAGUGAUUGAAUCUCCAGCUUGGCUGCCGAAGGGAUGGAUUACUGAGAUUAAAACUCGAGUCACUGGUGGCAGUGCUGGCAUUACAGACAAGUACUACUAUGACCCUGUUACAAACAAAAGAUUUGCUUCUAAGACCAAAGUGUUUGAAUUUUUGGAAGGUGCAAAUUUCACAGGGUUUGAGACCAAGUGCAAGAAAGAUGAUCUUAGUAGUAAAACUUCUGUUGAAGAAAGAACCAAUAUUAGACCAGGAGGUGGAGGAACUGAAAGUAUCAUCCGAAGCUUCAGUGCAUCCCAGGGUACAAGUGGAAUAGAUGCCAACAAAAAACCAAACAAGGUUAUAUGGGUUCUCAAUGGCACAGAAGAAUCAUGGGUGCCUCUUGUUAAUAACGAAGUGACGAAUGGAUCAAACAGGAAAGAAGAGAAGACCGUACCCCAUGGCAAUAGUGUGGACUCAUACUCUGAACAUCGAGGUGAUCAAGAGCAAUUGGAAAAACGUGUGUCCGAGCAUUCCAAUCCUUCAAAAGAGCUAGUUAAGGAAACUCAACCAGAAAUUGACCUGAACAAACCAAACGAAGGUUCACCAAUUGUCUCACCUUUUGGAGAUUCCUGGCCAGACCCUUGCUUGGAAUUCGCUUUCAAAACUUUGACAGGAGCAAUUCCAAUUUUUGAUGAUAAUUCAGCCCUUCGGGAUGCCUUUCAGAAUUAUAUUCUGCCUCAAGAAAAGGCUGAUGAAAAGCAACAGAGUAAUUCAAGUCCAUCCAAUCCAGGAGGGUCUUCCUGCAAUGAGCCUACUGAGCUUCCUUCUUCGACUGCGCAAAGGUUGUGGUCACCAGUGAACAAGUUUGAUGAAAGUAAAGACAGUACAAUUACUGUUUCUGUUUCAGAUGGCUUGCCUGAUAUAGGAAUGAAAGUGAAUAAUCUUAUGAGGCAUCAAGCUAAAGACUUGCUUGAACCACUUGGCAGGAAUCUCUGUAAGAAAGCCUUAGCUUUCUUGAUAAAAAAUGGACAGCCAAAUCUCUUUUUUGGAGAAACAACCAAAAACCACGCCUCUUCCAUUUUGCUUGCCCCAAAGACUUCUUAAUUGACCGUGGAUAUGCAGAACAGAAUGGCCCUUGUUUUUCCUAUACUGAAUCAUGAAUGUAAAUAAUGUAUCAGGAUACUUUUUUUUGUAUAAUUGCAUGGCCCCAGCGUAACUCUCAG